AUGAUAGAUCCGAAAAAAUUCUAUUUAGCUCAUCUACCGCAAUUCGAAUUAUUAAUUGCGGACAUUAAACCGCAUAUAAUUACACUAGUAGAAACUUGGUUAAAUCCAGAUUUCAAAAUAUCUUUUGAUAAUUACACUGUCAUUCGUCGUGAUAGAGGACUCAUUGAUGAUGCCGGACGUUUUAUCAGAGGUGGUGGUGUGGCCUGUUUCAUUCACAAAUCAUUGAAGUCACAGGUCCUCUAUUCGUCAGUUUCUCAGCAUAAAAAUCAUCCUGAGUUCUUAAUAAUAGACAUCUCUCCAGCAGUCGGAUCACACAUUCUUUUGUCGUCCAUCUAUAGAAGGCCUCAAGGUGAGCCACUAAAUAAUUUCUUUAUUGAAUUUAAUAAAUUCUAUCCACAUUAUAGAAAUGUUAUUAUCACGGGAGAUCUAAAUUCAAAUUUAUUAAAGAGUGAUAAAUCAUCGCAACAUCUCAAGUCAUUCAUUACUGAUUCAGCUCUAUAUUGUGUACCCCAUGGUGCGACAUAUCAUCAAAAUGGAGUAGAUUCUUGGCUUGAUGUUAUCAUUGUUGAUAGUCAGGACAAGAUUGAUAAAUUUUCCAAGUCCGCCAGCCCGUUCAUUGGCGGCCACGAUUAUCUACUUUGUGAUUAUAAGUUAACAUCUCCAAAUAAUAAUGAAAGAAUAGUAAAGUUUCGUGAUUUCAAACGCUGUGAUCAUCUAGCGCUCUCCCAGGCUCUUAGUCAGCGAUUAGAUCUUCUCAUCGAUUCAUUAAAUGAAUUUGCGCCGUUUACGGAGAGAAAACUAUAUCGUCAAAAAACACCGUGGCUGACGAAAGACCUCAAGCUGGAGUUACAUAAUCGUGAUACUAUUUAUAAGCAAGCUCGCAGAACAGGGAAUUUAAAUCUCUUAUCCUUAUAUAAAAAACUAAGAAGCGAAUUAAAAAUUAAGAUAUGUGAUGCACGUGAUAAUUAUUUUAAAAAUGUUUUAGAGGAAAAACUUCAAUUAAAUAGUGGUGAUGCUAUUUAA